GGGAAGCCGAGAGAGCUGGAGAGUUAGUAUUGCAGAAAUCGUGAGUUUCCUGUCUAACUGGCACGCCUGAUCUCGGUCGCACUCCUCGCUUCACAUCAAGUAGCGUUGAGUAGCAGCACGGAGGUGAGGCCACCUGGAGGCGGGGCGACAGGGUCGUCUUCCCGGAGCUGCUCCGGGAAGUGGGCGAGGGAAGCCGCCGUGGAGGUCCAGGAUGGCGGAACCGGCGUCCGGACGCGUGUGGACCUCACAGGGAAAACAAAUGGAAGACCUGCCUGAUGCAGUUGUUUUGGCGACUAGACUUAAAAACACUCUCAUCCAAUACCACAGCCUUGAAGAUGACAAGUGGAGAGUUGCUAAGAAAAUGAAAGAUGUAACAAUUUGGAGGAAACCUUCAGAAGAAUUUAAUGGAUAUCUCUUCAAAGCCCAAGGUGUUAUAGAUGAUGUCGUCAAUAGUGUAAUAGACCAUAUACGCCCAGGUCCCUGUCGCUUGGAUUGGGACAGCUUAAUGACAUCAUUGGAUAUUCUGGAGUAUUUUGAAGAGAAUUGCUGUGUGAUGCGUUAUACUACUGCUGGUCAGCUUUGGAAUAUAAUUUCCCCAAGAGAGUUUGUUGACUUCUCCUAUACUGUGGACUAUAAAGAAGGGCUUUUAUCCUGUGGGAUAAGUCUUGACUGGAGUGAAAAGAGAUCAGAAUUUGUUCGUGGAUAUAACCAUCCCUGUGGUUGGUUUUGUGUUCCUCUUAAGGACAGUCCAAACCGGAGUCUUUUGACAGGCUAUAUUCAGACGGAUCUGCGAGGAAUGAUUCCCCAGUCUGCAGUAGAUACAGCCAUGGCAAGCACUUUAAUCAACUUCUAUGGUGAUUUACAAAAAGCUUUACAAAAGGCAUAUGUUUAAACUUAUAGUAUUAUAUUCCCUGAAUCAACUCUCUCUCUUAGCAGCAUGGCCUGUAAAAAUCAUCCUUUCCUGUCUUCUGCAUAGCCUGUAGAAAAUUUUGAGAUGUUUUUGGUUUAUUUUAUUCCUAAAGUAAAUAGCUAUCUAGAGUGGGCAUUUCAGUUUUCCUAAACAGUUAUUUGCACAUUGUUUCGUAUGGUGAUAUGUCUAGGAAUGGAGAGUAUGACAGAAAUCCACCAAGAAGUAGAUAUAGUUCUCUGACACAAACUCUUAAGAAAUUGAAUAGUGCCUCAGUAUGAGUAUUUUGGCUACUUAGAAAUUAGAGAAAGCCAAGCUUCAUGCUGGUAGGUUAAAAUCACCUAUUUUAGAGUUUUAUGAACAUUCUGUAAAAAUUUUAAUUUUGGGAGGAGUUAAAUAUUAAUGCUUUACUUCUCGUAUGUUCUAUGAGUUUAACAAUAUCUGGGACUAAAGAAAGAAAGCUCUUCUCUAUACUUUAUGAAGAUGAACUUCAUUGUCAGUUGACUUGUACUACUUUCCCUAUUGAAAAUAUCAGAAAUAAGAAAAGAAUAGGUAUCAUAGUAAAAUGCAAUUCAGUUUUGAUACCUGGAUAGCAUUAUUUUAUAGAUAUCUUUAAAAAUAUAUUCAUAUCUUUGUGGACUUUUAUUUUGGGAGUCUUAAAAGCAUUUAUGAAUGAAUAAGACAGUAUAAAAAACUGCCAGAUAUGUGCUGGGACACCACAUUGAUUGGACAGUAUUCUGGGUUAUGUGAAAUGGAUGGUGGUAUCCAAUACUGACCAAUAGAGAAUCAUCUCUCUAGAAAGUCAAAUUCAGUGAAUGUUUUAUACAUGUUUGAGUUGUAAAUGUGUCACUCAACUCAUAAAGUAUAACUAUGUCAUAAGCAUUCACAAUUGUAAUGUAACUUCAGUCUGGAACUAGAACAAAUGCAUUCAUAGAUUAUCUAAAUGCCUGGAUGAGUCAUUUUAUAACUAGAAUGGACUAUAAUAUAUCCCUCGAUUCUGUGGCUGCAUUAAAUCAACAUUCCUAAAUGAUUUUAACACUCCACAUGGUCUUUGGCUUUUGAACUAUCCACCUAGUUUAUACCUAAGAUGAGAACUUGAGGGAACUCAGUGUCCGUGCAAAUUUUUGUCUAUAUUUAUAUUUGUGUACAUGCACACAUCUUGAAAUCUGUUCCAGUGUUAAAUGUGAGUUAUAUAUGUGUUAUUAUUACUGUUCCCAUUGUUUCAUUUUCUCUUUUUUUUUUUUUUGGUUAAUAUGGGGUAAAGAGAGCUCUGGAAGUAGUAUUUACUAGGUAGGCCACAAAAAGCACAAAACUGUAUAGUGGUUCAAUUGCAUGAAGGUGUGAUCUGUGUUUUACUUUCCUGUGUUUUCCUGAGUGUAAAGAAAGCAUAAGUUAUAGUUCUUCAGACCCAUUUUGCUAAAGUAGAAAAAGUAGAGCUGACUUUUUUUUUUUUUUGGUAUGGAGAUGAUGUUCAAAAAAAGCAAAAGGUGGCAGCAGCAUAAUACCCAUAAUGAAUAAUCUCACAAAUUUUAGAUUGUAAAUAGUUUGUUUCAAGGUCUGAUAGAAGCAAUGCACAAACAAUCCUAUGUUCUUAACUUGAAAUUUAUUAAUCACCAAUAUGUUUUUCCAAAUUGACUAUAAUUUUUGAGCUGCUGGAUUUCUCUGCUCCUUUUUUUUUCUUGCAAUAGGGAAAGAGAAAUGAGCAGUUUAGCUUGCAGUUUCGCAUGGAAAUUGUUAAAUGUUAAUUUUGACUCAAUCUAUUGUCUUUUAUUUGGUUUUAUUAGUGUAGAGCAGGGGGUUUCUUACAUUCCAGUAUUCAGUCUAGCAUGGCAAAAUACCAGCAGAUGUCCAAUUAUAGGGUGCCCAGAUUGGGUAAGUUUGCAACAAGAUGUACAUUAUUAUAAGGGCUAUUAUCGCCUGAGCUGGGUGCCACUAAUAAACUGUCGACUUUCAGCUACUCUGUGUUCCCUUUGUUUUUUGUAACUUAUACCUCCAACUAGUGAUGACAUAAUCCACUGUUGAAUGAGGACCCAUUGCAGGUAACAAGACCCUCAUGGAAAAAUUUUCAUUGCAAUGUUGAGCCAUAUGAUGGAUUGAAGAAUUAUAUUUGAAUUACCUGAAAUGUAUAUGCAGCUUCUAGAUGGCACUUUAAAUCUGCUGGGCUCUAGCUGUGUACUUUAAAAAAAACAACAACAGCUUUAUUGAGGUAUAAUUUCCAGUGCUAUACAAUUUACCAGUUGUAAGUAUACAAUCCAUUGAUUUUUGAAUACAUUUAUAGUUGUGCAGCCAUCACAACAGUCCAGUUUUAGAAUAGUUCUAUCACCCAAAAGAUCCCUUUUGCGUGUUUGCUGAAUCAUACAUAACCAAAGUUUAGCACAGUUGCAAGUAUACAGAAGAUGAUGGAAAAGAUUAGAGCACAUUUUGUUUGGUUCUGUUUUCAAGAGUAGAGGUGUAUUUGAUUCUAAGCUCAGGAAUCUUGUGAUAAUGUAUUAAAUACGUUAUGUCAAAUAUCAUAAUGAUAUGAAAUUUAACAAUGUCGAUUGGGAUUAAUAUUAACAUUUAAUAGAGUCUGCUGUUUCUAUAGCAGUGCUGUAGAAUAGAAAAAUAAUAUGAGCCAUAUAUGUAAUUUAAAAUUUUCUAGCAGCCGCAUUAAAAAAAUUAAAAGAAACAGCUGAAGUUAAUUUUAAUAAUAUAGUACAUUUCACUCAAUGUAUCCAAAAAUAUUAUCAUUUCAACAUGUAAUCACUGUAAAAAUCUUUAAGAUAGCUUACUUACAUUCUUCUUUUAUACUAAUUUUUUGAUUUCUGGUGUAUAUUUUACUAAUUUGGGCUAGCCACAUUUCAAGUUAAUUUUAAUAACACACAGUUCUAUAUUAAUCUGUAUAUUAAUUUGUCUUUCUAUAAUAUGAAGUAGAGAAUUUCAUAGAAUCACUCUCUUAAAUACAAAAUAUUUUCUGUUCUUUGAAGCCUUCAGUGCUUGCUAAACGUGGACUCCUUAACAUUAGAAAUAAAUCAGUUGUAAUUUGUCAGUAAAACAAAAAUUACAGCCCCAAAAUAUUUUCCUUUGAAGAUAAUUAACUUUUCAUAGGGCAGUUGGUGAAAUGAAAGAAUAUAAUCUGCCUUGUAGUUAUGUGGUUGAUUAUUUUCUCUGGCUUAUAGCUAGUUUGUAUUAGAAACACGUGUAUGCAGGAAACAUUUGGUAUAGUACUGUUUUUAGUACAUGAUACCUAUUUUUUAAGGAAAUUAGUUUCAUACAAGAAAAAAAUAGUUUAUCAUAAGUGAUGCUUCUGCAUGAAAUAUUAGUUUGUAUUGAUAAUCCUUGAUUAAUCCUUGAAGUUUAACACAAUACUCAGCAAAAAUAAUUAUGAGAAUUUAGUGUUCUGCAGUUAUGUAUAAUAUAAACUGCUAGAGUAUUAAAGACAGAUUGUUAAUGUUAAAAAUCUCUUCAUUUCACUGUUCAUUGAGGUUGGAUAUAUUUGAAACUGUAGAUUUCUAUAUGUAAAAUUAUCUCCCAAUAAAAAAGUCCUUUCCUACUCUCCUCCCCCUUUCUUUCCUAACUGAAGGACAUUUUAUCAACACUCAAGUUGAAUUAAAUUAACCUCUCAAGCUAAAAACUCUGUAAUGGAGAUUGCUUCUGGAGAAGAUAGGAAAACAUUGCACAAUUUAAACUUCUAAUGUCUAUUGAGCUUUUAGGUAUGAGUAAUUCCCUUUGAUGUGGAUAAAAGCUUUACCUGUUUAUUUAAGGGCACGCUAGCAUCCUUAGAAUCAGUUGUUAAAAUCCAGUUUCUUUUAAUUAAGUGGAUACUGUAGCUAUCCCAAACCUAUGCAUAAAUUAACAGAACCCAGAAAAGCUAGGGGACUUGACCAGGUGUCCAUUAGACCCUGUGUUGUAUAAUUACUUGUCCAGUCUAUCUCCCAUGCCUUUUUAAUUCAAAUUCUAGAAGUAGGGGAUGGUGGGACCUGAGUUUAGGAGAAACAUUAGAUUAAUCCCAGAGCACAGGAAAUUGGAAUUAUAAUUUCUGUAUUAUUUUGUUGUCUCCAAAGAUUUACAUGUAUGGUUAAAUAAAAAUUCAUCUCUUGCAAUUCAAUGAAAGCUAUACUAUAUAUAGAUUUUAUAUUUAAGAAGUUUAUAUUUCUUUUAUGGGCCAAUGUGUAAAGCUGGAACCUUCAUUAAACUAAUGAGAGCAUGCAUUAAUAUAAUAAAAUG